CAAAGCUAUACUUGCUACAAGUUCACAAAUUUUUGAAUUUUAUUUGUUUUUGAGUAACUUCAAGUUUAUUAUUGAUGGACAGUUUGAUUAAACAAUAAGUUGUAAGGCUAAUUUCAUUACGACUCUACCAACUACAACAUAAAUAUAAUGAAAAUAUUGUAACCGGUAACAUACAAAUCAAAAGUAUGACUUCAAUAAUAAAAUUACACUGUCUUUCCGGUGCUGGGGAUGAGUCUCCACCGUGCUAUGUAUUACAAGUGGAUGAAUUCAAAUUCCUAUUAGAUUGCGGAUGGGAUGAAAAAUUCGAUAUGGACUUCAUAAAAGAAUUAAAACGACAUGUGAACAACAUAGAUGCUGUACUACUCUCACAUUCUGACCCUUUACACCUUGGAGCAUUGCCCUAUGCUGUGGGGCAGCUGGGUCUUAACUGCCCCAUUUAUGCUACCCUUCCUGUUUACAAGAUGGGACAAAUGUUUAUGUAUGAUCUCUACCAGUCCUAUAGAAAUGUAUCAGAUUUUGAUCUGUUCACAUUGGACGAUGUGGAUACUGCAUUUGACAAGAUUAUACAGCUGAAGUACAAUCAGAGUAUAGAUAUGAAAGGCAAAGGCUUAGGUCUCCGCAUUACUCCACUCGCCGCUGGUCACCUACUAGGAGGUACAGUGUGGCGUAUCGCAGCGCCAGGAGAAGAGGAUAUAAUAUAUGCUCCAGAUUUUAACCACAAAAAGGAAAGACAUCUCAAUGGGUGCGAAAUAGAGAAGAUUAUGCGCCCAUCACUGCUGUUGCUUGGUGCAAUGAAUGCUGAUUAUGUUCAACAGAGAAGGAGAUUGCGGGAUGAGAAACUUAUGACUACAAUUCUCACCACUCUCAGAGGAGGUGGGUCAGUGCUUGUAUGUACAGACACAGCUGGGAGGGUUCUAGAAUUAGCACACAUGUUGGACCAGCUGUGGAGGAAUAAAGAUUCAGGGCUUGUCGCUUACUCCCUUCUUCUGCUUUCCAAUGUUAGCUACAAUGUUGUGGAGUUUGCUAAGUCCCAGAUAGAAUGGAUGAGUGACAAAUUAACACGAGCAUUCGAAGGCGCGCGUAGUAACCCGUUCGCACUGCGACAUUUACAACUAUGCCACUCCAUUGGUGAAGUGACCCGGACUCCAGGACCCAAGGUCGUACUGGCGUCCUUCCCAGACUUGGAGACAGGCUUUGCGAGAGACUUGUUUCUAUUGUGGGCUCCGCAUCCACAGAAUUCAAUCGUUUUGACUGCCAGAACAUCUCCAGGUACUUUGGCGCGGGACCUUAUAGAAAAAGGUGGUGAUCGGACACUAGAACUUGCUGUACGGAGACGAGUUCGGUUAGAGGGACCUGAACUAGAAGAGUUCCUGCAGCAACAACGGUUGAAAGUCAACAAUACUGUCAAAGAAGAAGCAGGCGGUAUAUCUUCAGAUUCUGAAUCGGACAGCGAGUUAGAAAUGUGGGUGGUGACGGGACGACACGACAUCCCGGUGCGAAGUGACUCGCGACCCUCCGGCUGCUUCAAAACGAACAAAAGACAUCAUGCGAUGUACCCGUGCCACGAGGAAAGGACGCGAGCCGACGACUACGGAGAAGUUAUAAAACCAGAAGACUAUAGACUGGCUGAAGUAGUUGAUGCUGAAGGGGAAAUUCGCGACGUGCCUCCAGCACCGCCGCAGAAACAAGAACCUGAAGAGGAAAUGACAGAAAUCCCGAGCAAAUGCGUGAGCUCAGUCCGUCAAGUGGUCAUACGGGCCAGUAUACAAUACAUCGAGCUGGAGGGCCGAUGUGACGGAGAAUCUCUACUGCGAGUUGUGGCUCACGCGAAACCGAGGGGUAUCAUUGGACUCCGGGCCGGUGUUUCAGCGCUAAAUACAUUAAAGAAGCAUUGUGAAGGUGAGGGCAUAGAGAAGAUCUUUAUGCCGAACCGCGGUGAAACCAUAGACGCUACUACAGAAUCACAUAUUUAUCAGGUGAAACUGACUGAUAGCUUGAUGUGCGGCGUGACGUGGCGUAACGCGGGAGACGCGGAACUGGCGUGGCUUUCCGCAGUUAUCACCGCGCCGCGCGCUCGGGAGCCCACUGCCGAAGACGCCGCGGACGACGAAAUGAUAUCCCUAGAAUCUGCCGGCCCUACCAGCACGCCUCACGCCGCAUCGUUCAUCAACUCAGUGCGUCUGUCUGAGCUCAGAGCCGCUUUGGCUCGACUCGGCCUCAACGCGGAGUUCUCCGGCGGGGCAUUGGAAUGCUGUAAUGGAACUAUUGCGAUACGACGGUUGGAGAACGGUCGCGUUGCUUUGGAAGGUGUACUAUCCGAAGAGUAUUACAAAGUGAGAGAACUUCUUUACGAUCAGUUUGCUAUCGUUUAAUGUUAAGGCUGAUAAUAAAAAAAAAUAUUAAUUAAGUAUA